AUGCUUACCGAUGAUCAUGUUUUAGAAAAUCAUGAUAAAAUCUUUGUUGAUAAAACCCAAAAUAUAUUAUGUGUAGAAUGUAUAAGCAAAAUAUUUUUUAAUAAAUCUCCCUUAUACAAAAAAUAUUUAUUAUUUAAAAGCAUAAACGAUAUAUAUUCUAUAAAAAGUUGCUAUGAUUUUCGCCACCAUUUUUCUUUUUUUUUGUUAGAUCAUACUUUGUUUUUAUCAGAUUCCUUUAGCUUUUUAGAAGGAAUAUCAAAAAUAAAUGAUGAUUAUGCAUAUUCUGUUAAUAGUGAGUUAAUUAAGUUAGCUACAAAUGCAUGCAAAGAAUUUUUAAAUGUUUGCACUGAGGAUUUAUAUUAUAUCUUUAAAGACGCUAUUUAUACUUGUGUUCUCGUUAGAUUAAAAAAAUUUUCUAAAAAUAAAAGAAAGUAUUUUUUUAUUUUUAAAUUUUUAAAAAAUUUAAUAGAUAAUGUUGAAAUUAUACAUUGUACAUUAAAGGAUGAACCUUCAAUUAUUGAAGAAUUUAUGAAUAUAUUUAUUCGUAAUCAUUCACAUGAAAAUAAUUCAGGAAAUGAAGAAAACUUUAACUCUCAUGAAGAGAAAGAAUAUUUUGAUGAGCAAAAUGAUAAAAACAAUGAAAUUUUAUUAACUCUUCAAAUUAUUUAUAAAUUAUGGUGUGAAAAUUCUUUAUGGCAAAUUAAUAAAGAUUUAUUAAAAAAUUUUUUUAUUAACCUAAUUAAAAAUUUUAAAUUUAUUAAUAAGAAAACGGAUUUAUGUAGCUAUUAUAUUGAAUUCUUUUAUAUAAUUACAAAGAGUUAUAAUGACAUUAAUUACUUUUUUAACACAAUUAUUUAUGAUAUAAAUAACACAAAAAAAAUAGAUAACAAAACAAUAAUAUCUCCUUAUGUAUCUACUAAUAAAAACAAAAAUGAUAAAUUUACAACGUUGAUUAUGGAAAAUGAGGCUACAGAUAAUAAAUAUAAAAAUAAAAUUAAUGAAAAUGAGGUUAGAAAUAAUGAAUAUAAAAAUAAAAUUAAUGAAAAUGAGGUUAGAAAUAAUGAAUAUAAAAAUAAAAUUAAUGAAAAUGAGGUUAGAGAUAAUGAAUAUAAUAAUAAAAUUAAUGAAAAUGAAUACAAUAAAAAUGAAAAUAAUGAAGUUAAUGAUAUUACUGGAAAGAAAUAUAUUUAUCAGAGUAAAAUUAAAGAAGAAAAAGGUAAUGAAUAUAAAGUUAGUGAAAAUGAAUACAAAAAUAAAAACUAUAAGGAAGAUAUAGGAAAGUCUUAUUUAGGAAAUUACUGCCAUGUAAAAUAUAACAGCAGUGAAUUCAACGAAAUUAACGAUCAAAUAAUGUUAAAUGGAUCUAAUUAUGAAAAUGAAAUAAAAUUAAUGGAAAAUGAGAAUUACAAUGAUUUUAUAAGAGAAAGAGAUUCAAGCAAAAUGCUAGAAAUACCAGAAGAAAAAAAUUUAAUAAAAUAUAAAAUGGACUUAAAUAAAGAAGUAAGAGUCAACUUAGAUGAAGAAUAUAGUAAUUGUGAAAGUAUAACAUGUGAAUCAAAUUUUUUUAAAAGCGAAAAUUACAAUAUUAAAGAAGAAAAAGAAAAUAUAAAAUAUGAAGAAAAAAAAUUAUAUUAUUGUAAUCUAAAUUUAAGUAAUUGUAGCAUUAAUAGUAAGAUUAUUCUAAGUGACUUUGAUAAAAAUAAUAUAUCUAAAGAUAAUUACGAAGAAAUUUAUAAUAAUUCAUUAGAUUUUUAUAAAACAAGUGAACAUUUAGAUGAAUCGAUAAUUUAUGAGGGUAAUAACAAAAAAAUUCUAGAAAAAAAUGAAAAAAGUGCAAAAUUAAUUACUUAUAAAUCUCCCAAUAUUAAUAAUUUAAAUUAUAUGGAAUCAAAUAACCUAGAUUCUAUAGAAAAGAAUAAUAUUAAUUUAAGAAUACUAGAAAAAUCAGAAGAUUUACAAAUUUUUAUAAUUUUGUGUGAUAAUUUACAAGAAACAUUAUUAAACAAUUUUAAUAGUAACAUACAAAUGAAAUGUCUAGAUAUUUUUUAUAAGUUUUGUGAUUUUGAUGAACAAAUUAUAAACAUUAUAAUAUCAAAUACUUCAUUAGUUGAAUGGAUAUUUGAUUUUAUAUCAAAUACUAAGUAUGAAAAUUUAAGAGAAAAAGCAUUAAAUUUCUUAAUAACUUUUUUUUUUAACAAUUCACUCUUUUCACAUACACAUGCUCAUUAUAUGCUUGAUGUUUUAAUAAAUGUAAUUUUAAAAUACGUAAAUAAAAGUGAUAACAUAUAUAAUGGAAGUAAUAAUUUUUCCUUUUUUUUUUAUUUCUUAAAAGCUUUGAAUAUGCUUAUCUCUAUAACUUAUUCAUCUAUAAGAAUAUUCCACAUUUUUAAAAUUAUUAAUAUUAUUACUUUUUUAGUAAUAUCACCCAAUACUAUUCCUACAGAUAUUAAAGAUAUUAUUUUAUUUUUUGAAAGCAUUAUAAUAAAAAAAAGAGAAAAAAAAACGACUGAAUAUGAAAAUUUGAAAGAAAACCAAAUGUCUGAUAAAAAUUAUCAUAAAAUUUAUAAAUCAGAAAAUAAUGAAAUAGAGUUUUCUAAAAACAAAAAAAAGAAAAUCAUAUUGGAUAAUUCUAAUAAUAAAAAACAAAACUAUAUUAAUGAUGUUAUAAACACUAGUAAUAAACAUAAAAAUGACAAAAAUAAUAAUAAUAAUAUCAAUACUGAUGAAUAUAAUAAUAACAUUAGUUAUGAAAAUUUUAAUUUAAAUGAUUUAAUUAAUAAAGUUUAUGUUACUAAUAUUUUAGCAUUGUUUAAAAUAUUAAAAAUUUCUUUAAAUAUCAUUAAAAUUGUAAAUACAAAUAAGCAGGAAGUAUAUUUAGAAUUAAUUUAUAAUGAACAGAAUGAUUUUUUGAAUGAUCUAGCAUUAUCGAUAAUAAAAUUACUUUUUGCUUUAAUUUUUAUUUUAAAUAAAAAUGAAGAUUUAUUAAUUAAUCUAAAUGUUGUAAAUGAAAAAGAAAAUUCAGAUAAUGAAAACGAGUUUCAAAUUUUAAAUUUUAUAAAAUCAAUCUUAUAUUUCCUUACAGAAUUACACUAUUUCUUUAGAAUUUCUAUGAAAGAAAAUAAUAAUAAUUUUGAAAAAGAUAUGAUAUAUUUUAUAAAGUUUCUUUACCUUUCUUGUAUAUUUAUUUUUGAUAAUAUAAAUAAAAGAAAAAAUUUGUUUAAAAAUAUAAGUUCUAAUGUUUUUUUCUCAUCAUUUUUUAAUCCUUUUUUUCAUUUAUUUUCCAAUAUUUUAAGUCAUGUAGAUUGCAUUUCUCAGAGUUAUAUAUUUCAAUUAAAAAAAAAUUCAAAUAAUGAUAUUGAUAUAGAACAGGAAGAAUAUAAAAAAACAGAAAAAGGGGGAAACAAAGACGAAAAUGAAGAACAAGUUGAAGACGAAGACGAAGAAGAGGAGGAAAAAAAAAAAAAAGAAAAAAAGAAAAAUCAAGAGGAUGAAAAUAAUUUAAUUAUUGAUAAAUUUAUAAUAUACAAAAAAAGAAUGAGAGAAGUUUUAAUAAAAAACAAGCCUUUUACUUUAUUUUUUCAGUAUGUUUCCCAUAAAAAUUAUAAUUUUGAGUGUUAUAGAAUUUUAAAUCUGUUAAUUUAUGAAGAGGAUAAAAUAUUCAAAGAAAAAAAAAAUCUGAAAGAUAUAUUAAUAGAAAUAAUAAAAAAAAAUGAUUUUUAUUUUUCUAAAGUGUUGUUAUUUAACUUUAAUGAUAAUGAAGGAAUAAUUGAAACUGUAAUAUAUAUAUUUUAUCUUAGUUUAAAUUAUGAUAAAGUUUUCAUUGAGAAAAAAUUAAGCAAUAGUAAAACAGAUAAUUUUGUUGAAAAUAUAUUUUUAUCUAAUGAUUCCGAAAUUAAUAUUAAUCCUUUUUUUUUAUUUAUGUCUUUAUCAUAUUCCUAUUAUUUUAUUACAAAAGAAAAAAUAUUAAUUGUUUUUAAUUAUAUUAAAAAAGAAAUGCACAAAAUUAAUUUACAAUUGUGGUUAGAUAUAAAAAAAAUAAAAAAUAUAUAUUUUGCUUUUGAUUGCCUUUUUUCCAUAAAGAUUAAUAGUAGUAAUUAUAAUAACUUUUUUUCGUUUAUUAUUUAUAUAAUGAAAUUAGAAUUAUCUUUACAUUCAUCAAAACAAAUGGAACAAAUAGAUAAUAGAUUAUAUUUAUGCAUCUCAAAAAAUAAAGAUUUAGUAAAAAAUAUUUUUGAAAAUGUAGAAAUGGAUAAAAUACAGAAUAGUUAUGUAAUUUAUGUUUAUUAUUUAAUAAUUAAAUUAAGAAAAUAUACAUUAGAAUAUUCAAAAUCUUUAAGUUUAUAUAAAAUGAUGAGUACUAUUAUUAGAUAUAUGAAUACAUUAGAAAAUAAAUCCGAAGAAAUUAAUGAUAUAUUUUCCUUCUUUUUUAUAUUCUUUGAAAAUUUAGAAGUUUAUGCACAAACUGAUAUAUUUAAUAUAAUUACUCUGUUACAAAAAUUAUCUAUUUAUGUAAAAAAUUCAUUAAAAGAAUAUUUUAAUAAACAAAGUAGUUUAAUGAAAAAAAUAGAAUUACGUUACAAUUUUCCUAAAUUUGAAAAUUCCUUUUUUUAUUUUUUAUUAAAUCUAAUUUUACACUGUAGAAGAAAUUAUCAAAUUCAAAAUAUAAAUGUUCUAUCUUCUUCUAUAUCAUUAAUACGUCUUUUAAUAUAUUCUAUUCAAUCAACUGAUAAUCAUUUUAAGAGUUUAUCAUUAUUAAUAUUAUCAUUACUUAUAUUACCUUUACAUAAUUCUACGAAAACUGUUUCACCCUUAUUAGUUAAAUUAUCUACAACAUUUGACAAAAAUACAGAGGACAUAUUAUCACAAGAUGAUAAAUCUUUAAUCAAUCUUGAAAAUAAUAAAGAAAAAUUUAUAAUUAGAAAAAAUCUGUUUUAUCCUUUAGUAAACAGUCAAGAAAAUAAUAUUAGAGUUUCAUCAUUGUCCCUCUUAUUAAGUUUAUUAUUAACAAACGAUGUUAUUUUACCUGAUGAAGAAGCUUUCAGUUUUUUUAUUUUUUUAAUUAAUAGUUCUUUUUUAAACGAAUGGGAUGAUAUACAAAAUGAUUUAUUAUUUGCAAUAAUAAAUGUUUUAUUAUUGUCAACUAUUUUGAAUUUAAGAACAAAGUCAUUCUGUUUUAAUUACAUUUAUUCUUUUAGACCAUUUUUUUUAAGGAAUAUAUUACCUUUAAAUAGAAAUCAUAAAAUUAUUAUUCAUAAACUCUUUUUCCUAUUAUUAACAGUUAAAAUAAAACCAUUAUGGUUUGACUUAAAGAGCUAUAGUGAAAAAAUUUUGAAAAUUCUACUUAAUGUUGUAACAAAAAAAGAUUUGGAUAUUAUGACAUUUAAUUGUAUUUCUUCUCUUUCUUAUGAGACAUUUAUUAUAAAUAAAGAAGAUAAUAAUAAUAAUGCAAAUAAGAAUGUUAUAGAGAAUUUAGAAGAAUAUUUAGAAACUUAUAAGAAAAAUAUAAAAAAUACUGAUGGAGACAUUUGUUAUACUAGUUUUAACAAAAUUAAAUGCGAAAACAUUGAUUAUGAUGUUGUUAUAACUAUUUUAAAUAUAACAAAAUUAUUAUUAUAUAAAUAA